AUGCCGCUCCGCGGGGCGCGCGGCGGGGCGCGCGGAGCAUUAACCCCUUCUGGCCCGGCGGGGCCGAGCGGGACGGGGCGGCCGAGGAGGGUGCGAGCGGCGCGGCGGGGCCUUCCCGGAGCACGGCGGUCCCGGACCGAGGGCGAGUCGGAAAGCGACGCGCACGGAACGCGACUGCAGCGCGAGGGGGUACCGCGCACCGCCCCGCGUGGUUCUGGGGACGGCGUCGGUGCGCGGAGGGCUGCGGGAACCGACGAACAGCGCUCCCGUCCGAAAAUAAAGGGAGAAAAUACAGAAUGCCUCUCCGGGCGAUCUCUUCUCCAUCGGCCCGACAUCAACAGCUCGGAGGGAAAACGAGCGGGCCCGAACAUUUCUGAGGUAACCAGCAACUUGUGCGCUGAGGCACCGGAACUGAGAAGGACGUGUCGUAGAAUUAUAGAGUCGUUUGAGUUGGAAGAGGCCCUGAAGGGCCAUUUAGCCCAACUCCCCUACAACAAACAGGAACACCUACAGCUCCAUCAGGUGCUCGCAGCCUCGUCCAGCCUGAACUUGAGUGCCUCCAGGAGCAGAAUCCUGCUUGGGUUGAGCAUCACGUUACAAUGUCCCCGCUUCUUCUCCCGACAAACACGGAGUCACAAACCCCGCAGCCUCCUCCGGCUCUGCCGGAGACGUCUGGGAGACGGUAACUGCACGAACGGAGCUCCCGGGAGGAGCGGCUGCAGGCUGGGGGGAGCCGCCUCCUGGCUGCACCUGGUCUGUGCCACCAACGAAUGCCAGCGUGCCCCGUGCAGCUCGCUGCUUCUGCGGGAAAAUCUCGUCUGCUUUUAUCUCUAUUUCCUAAAUGCCGCCCAGCUAUUUCCGAGGUAACGCGGCCGCACGGCGGUGACAGCCCCGUCGGGUCACCGCAGCCCCGUCCCUGCGUCGCUCCGAACUUGUGGGCUCCAGCGGCAGAGGGAUGCACCGCCCGUAUCUCUCCCUAAUAUGAAAAAAUAUUCCUUAUUUUUGGAUUUGAACGUAUUAUCAAACGCGGGGAGCGCGCAGAUGUCCUGCCGGCAGCCGGGAUUUUCAUCGUACAGACGUGACAAACCCUCAGCAAAUGAGCUCGGAGGGCUUUCGUAGCGGGCGGCAGUGCCCUCUCCGCUCACAGUCCUUAUAUGGGGAAAAGCCGUGUCCCUGGGGCCGGGAGCUCCGAGCACCAACAUUCCUAUGGACGUUUAC